CGGAGCGCGGUAGAGGAUGUCUAUGGCAGCAGUUGCUAGUGCUUUUGUCGAUUCGUUCACAGUUUACAACUUGAGCAUCUAGUACCUGGAAGGAGGACGAUCGCCGAAAAGCGGGCCGACAAAGAGGCAUAUAUUUCACUAUCUUCAGUUAAAAAUAAGAAAUAAAAAACAACAAAUAGAACUAUAGCAGUGUCUGUUCUGUGAGAGCAAAACCUCACAACCGAAGGCAACCUACGAUCGAUAAUUAUCUCACUUCACGUGAGGAUCAUGCGCUGAAGGAACUUCAGUAUAAAAAGCGGUGCGAUUCGUUGAAAGAGAUCUCAUGGCAAGUACCGAUCAUGAUCGUCGUAUGAGUGAGGAAGAAGGUUUAAAAUUACCCAGAGGCAAAGCCGGAGGUAGCGCAGUGACAGCAAUGAAGAUAAAUAUGGGUCCAAUUGAUGAUCCGGUAAGCCAAAAUUCCGAUGUACUAGCUGGAAAAAAAGCUAAGUUGUUCAAAGAAAUGAUCGAUUGCCUGGCAAACUCCGAUGCAGUUUUCCAGAGCCAGCAAAGGCACGAUCCAGACUUAACGAUAGAAGAAAAAGCAAAAAUAGCCACAGAUGUAUUUCAUGCUAACAAGUCAAUGUUUCUAUCACGUUUCGGACAAUUUGUCAAAGAUGAACACUUGUACUAUUUCAACGACCCAACCAGGGAACAAGACUAUGAAAUAAUGUUUCAUUUGAAAAGACUGCGUCGGUACCAUAAUAAUUUGCAGAGACAAAUUGAUGUAAAAAAUCGAAGAUAUCAAGCCCUGAAAUCUCUCAUUGAUAAAGGAGAGUAUUUCAGUGAAACAGAAAUGAUGAGGCGUAAUCCUCUUCUAUAUGAACACCUAAUAGGUCAAUACUUGACAGAAGAGCAACGAAAAGGUAGAGACAAUAUCGACACCCAAAAUAUAUCGUUUUUAAAUAUUGUACUAGAAAGCGUCGAUAGAGAAAGAACAAGAACUCUGCAAAAGGAACAGCAAGAUGCUGAGGAUGAAGUAAAGGAAGAAAACGACUCCGAUAAUGAUUAUGAAGAGGAAUUAGAACUCGAGGAUAAAGCCAAAAUUUCAUCAAAACAGUCGGAUGAUAUUCACUGGGGUGAAAUGUUUGGAAAACCUUCAAACUUUCACAAAAAAGCACAAUCUGAUAGAAACGUAAUUGAUUACACGGUUUGUCAAAUUUCCAGCAGAGAACAACAGAUCCUCAGAGACGAAUUUUUGACUAAUAUGUACAACAGUUUUCUGAACGGAAAAGAUAAGGACUUUGAUUACAGUACGGUUGAUGAGAACGAGUCUUACGAUAACACGGAACUUCGGACCCAAGAUGAAGAAGAAAAGUACUUUGACUCUGAAUCUCCAGAAAUUGUGGAAAAGGAUACAGAUAAGAUGGAGAGGGAUGCAUCUAGUGGGGAGGACGAAUUGGACAAAUACAUGAAGUCGUUGAAGGUUAAAUGACGAAAGGAUCGGGGGGAGGAACCCAUGCCAAACAGACUUGCAAAUGCCAUCAAGAAGCAAACGAUACAAUAACGGUUUCAGCAAUCUCUUGCAUACCAUGGUCAACAUACUAAUUUAACAGAAAGCUUGGAUACUCGAAAGACAAAGAUCCAUCAUUGAAAUGGAUAUUUAGUCGGAAGAAAUGGUUUUAUUGGUAUUCCUAAUUUUCCCCACAAUAGCGCUGUAAUCAGAAUAUCCGCGAGAUGCCUGUCAAGUUACCUUGGUAAAUUAAUCCCGUAGCUAAAAGCCACCACCUAAAAUAUGAAUAUCUAAAGUUGUAAUGCCGCGCCGUGUAACGCGCAUGGUUUUCGAAUGUACAAGCUUCGGUUCAACCUGUAUCUUUUAUACCUGUACCAAUACACAUUUAUUUAUAUGCGCAGUUAUACUUAUGCAUACAUGUAAAUUAAUACGUAAGGGUAUUGGGAGGGAAAAAUUCGCUUUCCACUUUUCAUUCAUUAACCCCUAUAGAGGGCCAGCAUUUGAGGGAUAUCGAAAAACAGUUCUUUACAUAGAGAAGUGCUCUAAAGUCAUCGGACUUGGACCAAAUUAAUGUCAAAACGAUAUUAAUUUUAUUACGCCGAAAAGCGAAUUCGGUUCUCUACGGGUUAAAAGUCAGGAGACUACGACACGACAGCAGCGAGCUUUCGAAAUAUCGUCUCGCAGGUAUUUCAUCCGCAAGAAAUUUAAUUUAGUAUUCAUUUGUAAUUCAGAAUAAGUUUUAAAAUCGCGAAAUUCAACGACCCGGUGGUGGACUUUGGAACAUGCAUGUUACCGUAGUUUUACUUUUCGUGCUCUGCGCAUUUAUUAUUAUCCGAUGUUCAGAUCAGGCGUGCAGGCUAGUCUGAUUUUGGUGGCCCGGAAAUCCCACUACCGCUUCAUACUCACAAUAGUAUACAUAAUAAACGUAUGUGUAUAUUUACAUACGAUCUACGAUCCAAUUACAUACGAAUAUUUAUGAAUGCUAUAUCUAGUUUGGUGAUCCAAGAGUCGGGUGUCGGCAAUUUUCCUUCAGGCUCGCCUCACCCUAAAUCCCCAAGGCGAUGCUCCGGGUUUGUGAUUUUUUCAUCUGCCCAGGAUAGAUAAUCUCUGUUCCAUCAUUGAUCGAGGUAACAUAAUCGAAUGUAAAAAUGAUUAGAUAUUUGAAUUUUUGUUUCAUGCCUACGGCGAUUUUGGACAACUAUAGACAAGGCCUUGAUUAUAACACCCCAAGUGAUGGACCCAGCGAAUGUGCAUGUAGAAUAGUUGGGAAGAAACCAAACUGAGGAUUAGAAUAUAGAGGCUUACACUUAAUUGAUAAAUAAUGAUCGGAUGUAGGAAUGCAAGCAACACCUCUUACCGUUUUUGAGGGAUAUCACUAGAAAUGUGUAAAAGAAGCUAGGGGAAUACAGCUGUAAAUAUGAAGUUGCAAUCAUUGCUA